GUUGCGGUGAAAAAAGUGCAGUUUAAAUUAGCGCGCCCAAUAAGAUUCAUUUCCACUUGUACCAAAGUCCGUACCAGAUGAAACGAAACGAUCCAGGUAGAAUUAUUCUAGAGGACUUGCGCUUUUGGUUCUAUCAAUUACCAGCGAGGAGCCAACUAGAAAUGGAUAUACUCAAGAAAAUGUUCAAAUCGGUGGAGGAAAAGAAGCAGGACGGUGCCGAUAUAUCCGCAUCGAACAAGGAUGAGUUCCGGAAGCCGCAGUGGUUCGAGGAGGCCGAAACGGACGAUGAGCUCUUCGACGACGAUCGCAAGUUCGCAUUCCAAGUGUUCACCAGUCCGCUGGAAAUGCAGAAGCACUUUGAGAGACAGAUGCAGCGUCUACUGGAAUCGAUCGAUGACGAUGAUCAUGAUGAUAAUGAGGAUUUCUAUGAUGUCUUGAAGCCCGGUUUUGAUAGCUCGAUUCUCAAGAAGUUUGCUCGGCAACAUGGUCAAUCUCUGGACACGGAUUUGGAUGACGAGAUUUACGCCGAUCAGAUGCAGUCGCUCAUUCAGCGCUUGAAUCCGAAAAAGGGACAGGAGCCGGCCGACGAAGCCGUUGGCAACAUUUUGCCCUCCAAUCAAAGUCGCCUUCUGAAGAGUCUGCGGAAGGCAAAGAUGACGGAUGAGGAGCUCAUCAUGGGUCGCAUUCAUGGCACAAUCUCAGCCGAUGGUGAAGAGGUGCCACAGGCUCGUCCAACACGUCCGUACAUCGGUAUCAAGCCGGAAAUCAUGACUCCGAUGACGCCCAUGUUGCCGCGCAGUGGAAUGACGCCAUUUGGUGGGGUAUUCGAUGGAAACUAUCAGGGUCCGAAGAUGUUUAGCCAGAGCGUGAUGACCCAGACGGUGCGCAAGCCGGAUGGCAGCUAUGAGACCACCAAGGUGGCCCAGGAUGCGACUGGCCACAAGACCACCACGGUGACUCGUAUGAAAGAUGGCCGCUCGGAGACGGUGGUCACCCACGAUGGCAAGGAGGGUGGUGUGCCAUUGGGUAAGGCUGUCGCCAAGCCUCAGAGGGGCUCUCUGGGUGAGCAGCAUGUCGCGUAUGCCGAUCGCAACCUGUUUGUGACAAAAGAAGGCUACGCCAUGCCACGGAACCUCUGGUGACCAGUGGUGAACAGCUAUUGCCCCAAUCAAGACAAGCGAUCUCUGCUGCAACGCGAGCGUCAGCAGCAGCAACAGCAACAGCAACAACAGUAUGCAGAUAAGCUAAAGCGAUUCGUCGGCAACAUAGUCCCACAUCCACACAACAUCCAAAUUAGAACCUACUAUAUUUUAGUUUACAUUCUCCUUAGUGUUUGGUGUUUUAGAUGAAACUCAGUUGAGACAACAGAUGACGACGAUUAUUGACCAUGAUUUUAUUAAGCAGCGACCGCACAGCGUCGUUGUAUAUUGUGAGCAUGCGCACCCCAAAAUGCGCUCCACACACUUUCAGUUCCCAGUGUUCUGUUCCCUGGGCAUUCUGCAGGCGGCAGGCAAGGGGCGUUUGCACCCCCACACGCAGCUGAGAGAAGAAUGGAUAGGAGUGGAGUGAAGUGCAGCAGCAGCAGCAGCAGCAGCAGCUCUAGAUGGCAGAGGAGCAGGAGCCGGUGCAGGUGCAGGCUCGUGUUGAACGGUGUGAACGUGAUUUUCAGUUUGACAAAGUCCAGCCAGACUGAAGCCCGGUUCGGUCAGCGGGUUUCAGUCGCCCAAACAAAAAAAUUCAAA